UUCAAUUUCAUUCAUUCAAAAAAUCAUUCAAUCUCAAAAUGGCGUUGGACUAAGUUGUGCGUUGUUGUUACUUUUUGUUUUUGUAAAAUUUUAAAACUGUUGACAUAAAACUGAGGUUAACAUGGGUCGUUCGCCCAGCCCGCGGCGGCGCGAUGAUAGGCGCAGAGAUCGAGACAGAGACAGGGAUAGAGACCGAGAUAGGGACCGCGAGAGGCGGAGGCCUCGCACCCGGUCCCGUUCGCGGUCUCUGGACCGUCGGCGGCGCUCCCCGGACCGCCGACGCAGCCCCUCGCCGCGCCGCCGCCGCUCACGCUCCGCAUCACCUGGACCCUCCACAUCCUUCGUGAAGCCCAAGAAAACGUUCGGCGAGCGCCCGAUCGUCACCCCAGCGGAUCUAGAAGGUAAAACUCCUGAGGAACAGGAAAUGCUUAAAGUUAUGGGCUUUUGUGGGUUUGACUCCACUAAGGGUAAAAAGGUUGAGGACAAUGUCGAGGGAGACGUCCAUGUGGUGCUGAAACGUAAGUACAGACAGUAUAUGAACAGAAAGGGCGGGUUCAACAGGCCUCUGGACUUUGUUGCAUGACUCCUCGGUGAACGCACAGCGAGCUCCUUCGCAACACUACUAUGUUGGUCUGUUCUAGAAAUAAGGCUGAUAUGUGAUAUUUUUGAUAGCUCGGUUUUAUGUGAACAUUAUUUACACUUGUUUUACAAUUAGUUUAAUUAAAGGCAUCUAUAGGUGAUAACAAGCCUAUUCCACUAUUAUGGGCCUACUCGGCUCAAUGCCAAUCUGCAGUCUGUUAAAAAGCUGAUAUUUUUUCACACAAGAUCUACAAUCAAUUCUUGCACUACCAAUUUUCUGACCUAGACAUCAGUGAUUCUAUUUAGAUCCUUAUUGGAUUCACAUAUAAUCCAAUUUAAAAUAUAUAAUUAAACUUUGUGGAAUUUAAAAACAUUUCGGUAAUGAAUGUGUCAUUAAUAAAUGUUCCAUGGGCAUUAAAACAUAAUAUUACAUGGGAACCAUCAUGAUAACAUCAUAGGAUGACAAAAAUAUUAUUAUCUUUUCCGAGUAAUACGUAAUUAUCUCCCGUAGACCAGUUUUCACCCUUACUCAUGUAGAAAAAAAUAUAUGUAAGUACAAUGAUCUUGACCGUUACUUUGUACCAGCUUUCUUUUAUCAGAGAAAGUCUCUCAUGGUUUCUUGGCAUUGAAAUUGGACAAAACCAGUUUUUACACAAAAGUUCUUUACAAUUUUUUGAAGGUUAUGCUGUAAUUUAGGAGUUUUUGCAAUCGCAUAAAGCGUUUCUGGUCUUUUUAACUGUCAUUUUGUGGUUUAAUAAUUCUUACAGGAUGUAAAUUUGUCUGUUAAUUUAACUCAAAUUUAGGGUGGAGUGGUUUGAACAAUGAUGAUAUUGAAAUCUGUUUGAAAAAGCUUUCAAAAUCAUAUUUGUAAAUGUUAUAUUUAUAAAUAUGAUUUUAAAAGUUAAUUUAAUCGUUAUUGCCAUUUCUGAUAUUGAAGGCUUUAAUAGCAUUGUUAAAAUUUCAACUCAAACCUUUAAACAGAUUUAUAUUAACUAAUGCCCAUAUUUAGACUCAAGAACAUCUCAUAAAAUCUUUUCUACAUGCUAAAAAAUAAUAUACUAAAAUCAAGUGCAAUACCAUUUUUUUUAUAAUGACAAUGUGUUCCGAACUUAC